CAACAGAAGUUGUGUUUUAUUUUGAUCCGAAACGUUUGCGGGAGUUUUGUGCUACAAAGUUUAGUUCGUGACGUGUGUACGAUUGGAAGAUGGAGUGGGAAAUUCACGACAAUGGCGUAAGCAUCGGUGGCGGACCAAAUGCUCCCAAAACGGAAUUGAAGAAAACGGAGAAAUCUAAAGUCCGUAAAUUGAAAAAGGCUUUAGAAGAAGAAAAGGCACAUAGUGAUGCGUUACUUUUGAAGCUUAAAAAAGCUCGUCGUCGUAACAAAAUGUUUCUCGAUUCAUGUGGGGAAUCAUCUGGACAGAAACAUUCUACAAUGCGUGAGGAGUUUCAAGGACAUGACCUGAAUGAAGCCUCGUUCUCCUUAUCGUCUUCCAUAAACAACUUGUCAUUUGCCUCUCUCAGUGUUCCGGAAUGUAAACCAGUCGCUGAUGACGGAGAAAUAGAUAAAAAGACCUUCCAACAAUGGAAAGAUCACUUGGAAUCUUCGAUGCUUCUGACAGGGAUAAGUGAUGAAUUCACAAAAAUGAACGUGUUUCGUGUAAGAGCAGGUCGGAAGCUUUUGGACGUGUUGGAUAACACAAAAACGCAGCUCAACUCACCUGAUAUCAUAACGGCUCCAUAUUCAAAUGCUAUGCAUCGAUUAAGUAGUUAUUUCGGAUCUCGCGAAUAUGCUUUUAUGCAACGCGAAAAAUUGCGUACCGUGACACAGAACAAAGAUGAAUCAGAUCUGAAAUAUGUAAAACGUGUUGUGGAAGCUGCUAAAGUUUGCGACUUCGAUGAAAACCGAUUAAUCGAAAGCGUUUCCGACGUCAUUCAAUUUCAUGCUACGAAUCCUAAAGUUAGAGAAGUGGCUAGAAAGAUUUUGAGAAAGGGAGGCAGUCAUAUCGAUUUAUUGGAUAAGGUUCGCUCAAUUGAGGUUGAGAAAAUGCACGAGAAUAUCUAUACAAAGCAUAACCAGCAACCACAACAAGUGGAAGUAGCAGCCAUUACGCGGCAACCACAACAAUCAGGGUUCGGAAACAUCAGAGGUGCUUAUCGGGGAGGCUAUCGUGGUGGAUCUCGGUAUGUCAGAGGAGGAAUGCGACCAAAUCCAGGAUUUCAUAUGAACUAUCCCGGUAAUGCUAACAGCGGUUAUGUACCAGCUUCGAAAUAUCAGCGAGGUUCCAGCCUUAGGCCUAACUGGUCUACAAGAGAAGCGCCUCAAGGUUUUACGCCUCAAGUUUUUUGCUGGAGAUGCACUAGUAAAUUUCACGAGGCUCAUGAAUGUUCUGCACAAUUCAAGAUUUGUAGGAAGUGUAACGAGAAAGGUCAUUUGGAGCGUGUUUGUACAGGAUCUUCGAAAAUCAAUUCGGACAAGACAGGCGGACCUUCACCAAAUGUUUCAAAAAUUGCUGCUAUAACAAUGUUCGAAAAUGAGACAACUACUGAAGAUAACGUAAGUGCUGAAUAAAUAGUAAAUCUACCGUUUCAAAAGGAAUUAUGAUUUUUUUUUAAGUUGUAUUCACUUUUAUGUAUUGUUUUUGUUUAAUGAAACUGGAUUUGAACUAAUAAAGUUACAUUUUGGAAACAUAUUUUCACAAUACUUUAUUUCAGCGUGUUCAAGCG